AGUGCAUAUCCCGUCAUGUGUUUGUCUGAGAAAGAGAGCAUAACUCUCUUUGUCUCUCAACUUUUUCACAUGCCUCCAACCUGGGUUUAUUUCACGGUUCGUGGCAAUGCAUGGAUCCAUUUGCCUUGUGCUCCCCUUUCUCAUUCUCUCUCGCUCUCUCCUAUGCCAUCUGCCCACCUGUCCGCAUGUGUUUGGGGAUCUGUCUUCUCGGGGCGUUUUCUGCCCCCCCCCCCGACACACUGUUUAUCACUGUCAGAAGCCCACUCGCUCAGUCCAGUUCCAUCAAGGAAUGUUGCAACCACAGAUCAAAGCCCCAGAGUUCUGGAAAGCUCUUUCACCACCAGUGGCUCAUGGUUCGAGGCCUGGGUGAGAAACCUGAACAUCCAGGCUUGCAUAGCUCAUUAAUGCUUCAACAGAUCAUUGGAGGCUCUAUUUCUCCUUCCCCAUCAGUGGAUCCGAUCUGACUCCAUGGGGCGACCGUCUGCCAUUUACCCAAGGGCUUGUAAAACUCGCCAAACUUCCUCAUAAACUCCCAGCAAAGAAGGUUUCAUUUUUAAGAAACUCCAGCCCAGCUGAUAUCAGAUUCCAGGAACCUCGGUGGAGAAGAGUGGUGGACGCGAUCUCCAGACACAAGCAAUCGGGGGGGUAAAAAGGUGAUGUAUAGUUAGCUUUCGACUCUUGGCUCAUUCCCCUCCUGCCCCCCUAGAGAUGCUUCACUUCCCAUGGGGCUUUGCAGUUUUCCUCCCAUUCCUCCUGGGCCUGGCGUCGGACCCUCGCGAUCCCUGCUACGAUGCCAACCAUCACCCGCACUACUGCCUCCCUGAACUCUCCGAAGUGGCCUCGGGGCGCCUGGUGGAAGCAUCCAGCACAUGCGGGAACCCUCCCGGACGACUGUGCGCCUUCCGGGACUCUGCUGACCCAGCCUCGAAAUUCUGCCAGCGCUGCAAAGAAAACGCCCACUUGCCAGAGUUCCUCACCGACGCCGAGGGCAGCGCCACUUGCUGGUGGUCCCAGCCGGCGGCUAACGCCACACUGACUUUGGCUUUAGGGCGCCGGGUGGAAGUUCUCUACGUGGCUCUGCGGUUCUGCUCCCCGCGUCCAGAAUCCCUGGCGAUUUACAAGUCGAUGGACUACGGGCGCACCUGGGUGCCCUUCCAGUUCUUCUCCACCCACUGCCGGCGGCGUUACCAUUUGCCGCCAACCACCGCCAUCCUGAAGGCCAUGGAGCACGAGGCGGCUUGUGUCGAAGCCCAAACGGCCCCCAAGCCUCUGACUGGGGGGCUGGUGGCCUUUAUGCCCCUGGCAGGCCGCCCCUCCGCCAGGAGGUUUGAGUACAGCCCCGUGCUCCAGGACUGGGUCACAGCCACCGACCUCCGCGUGUCGUUCGACCGCAUGCACCCGACACGGACGCUGGGGUUGCGGAGGAAGGAGGCGUCCUACGGAGUGGCGGAGCUGCAGGUUGGGGCCCGGUGCAAAUGCAACGGACACGCCUCGCGGUGCGCAGCCGGCCGGGACGGAGGGACGCCCCAGUGCGAGUGCCGCCACAACACAGCCGGGCUGGAGUGCGACACCUGCAAAGCCUUCUACUGGGACAGGCCCUGGCAGCGGGCAACCCCCAAAGACGCGCAUGAGUGUGUGGCUUGCGACUGCCACCUCCACUCCCACCGUUGCCGGUUCAGCAUGGAGCUCUUCGAACUCUCGGGGCGCCGAAGCGGUGGGAUCUGCUUGAACUGCCGCCACCACACAGCAGGGCGCCACUGCCAGUACUGCCUGCCAGGCUUCAAGCGUGACCUCAGCAGGCCCAUGGUGAGCAGCAAAGCCUGUAAAGCCUGCCAGUGCCAUCCCAUUGGCGCGGUUGGCACCAUUUGCAACCAGACCACAGGGCAGUGCCAGUGCAAGAAUGGAGUCACCGGCCUGACCUGCAACCGCUGUGCUCCAGGUUUCCAGCAAAGCCGAAGCGCCCAUGCCCCCUGCAUGCGGAUCCAGGAAGUGAUGACAACGACAGUCGCCCCGCCACAGGAGUGGAAUGCAGGUACUGAAUGUCAGACCCACUGUAAGCCACCGCGAGGACGGGUCCAGAUGAACCUGAGGAACUACUGCAAAAAGGAUUACGUUCUCCGUGCGCAGCUGUUGUCCAUGGAGAAGUCGGGCACGUGGUGGCAGUUCACGGCCUCGGUCCUCACCGUCUACCGCCAGCGCCGAGUGCCCAUUCGGCGGGGCGAGCAGCCGCUCUGGGUGCCUGAGCAGGACCUGGCAUGCCGCUGCCUCCACCUCCAAGUCGGCAAAUCUUACCUGGUGAUCGGCAACGAUGAGGAGUCGCCCGACCCUGCCCGGUUAAUCCUCGACAAAAACAGCCUGGCCCUGCCUUGGAGGGACGCCUGGGCACACAAACUGCGUAGUUUCCAGCAGCAAAGCAGGCGUGGGAAAUGCAGACUCAGCUGAAUCAGCACCGGGGGGGGGGGCAGGGAGGAAAACAGAGUGAGGGAAUGGGGGGGGGGACAAAUGGGUGCAUUUGGUGAUACCCCUCCACUUCCCUUGCUAUUAGAGAGCAUAAGGGAAACAUUUGGAUUCUUAAGUGUUAGUUUUGAGGACGUAUAGGCCUCUCUUACCUCCUCCAUCCUCUCCUGUGUGGCAAGUAAGGAACGCUUGAAAAGAAGUCGAGGCCUGUGAAUCCCAAGGCAACCUGACCUGAUCUGUGCCUGUCGAACUGAAAAUGUGCCAACUGGAGCAUAAUUAUCCCUCCGCACGUGUCCGAAAUUUACGACGCAGUUCUCCGCUCAAAGAAUAAAUAAAUAAAUGCCAACAUGCAUAUUUCAAGAUAAAGAUGCUUUUAGAAAUAAUGUACAUGGAGAUAAAUGGUGUAUUUAAAUAUG